UACUUGUAUUUUGUAAAUUAAAAAUGGGUGAAAUAUCAAGUUGGGAAGAUAUCGAAAAUGAUCAAUUUUUUAAACAACUAUUGGACAUCGACUCCAAAAAGACUGACGUCAGCCAAUUGUUGUCAGUGGCUCAACAAUUAAACAAGUUGGGACAAGCUAUUGAGGUAUUGAAUGCUGAAUUGCAAAAGCAAGUACUUGUGAAUCAUGAGGAUUUACUAUCUCAAGCAACAUGGGUAGAAAAAUUAGAAGGAGUACUUUUUAUAAUGCAAUCUCACAUACAAAGCCUCUUAUCAGCAGUAGAGCGAUUACGUGGUAAGAUUAUCGAUCCAUUUAAUAGAAUUGAAAUGCAAACGAUUGUAUUAGCACGGCUUCAUGAAACCUCCGAUCUUUUGAGAAGAGUCUCUAGGAUGCAACAUUUAUCGAAACGUUUAAAUGCUCAAAUGAGUAGUAUUACGCAAGGACCAGAUAUUGUUAAAGCUGCUAAUAGUCUGCAUGAGCUUGAACAACUGAUGGCAGACACAGAUCUUAAUGGCCUAGAUGUAAUCGCAGAUGACCAACAGGCUAUAAAGACUCAAAGAGCUACUGUGCAAAGAAUUGCCACUCAUACAUUAACACAAGGUUUACAGGCGAUGGAUAGGACAAAGGUAAGCACGGCUAUGCAGGUCUUUCAAAAUUUAGGAAUAAUAGGCAGUGCUGUGGACACAACUAUAGAGUCUACCUUGGCUGAAAUAGAAAGAAUUUCCACAGAAUCAUUGGAUGUAUCUUUCGUAACAAAUCCGGAUUUUGGAAAACGUGGAGCGCCGGGCAGAGCUGCGAUUCCGUCGCCUGGAUCGUCUGGAAACUUACGCACAAGAAUUUGGGAAAAUCUUGAACGUCUUUUCCAAGAUACUUUAUAUACGCAAUGUCUACAAAUUGAAUUGCUGCAAAGAAUAUUAUUGGAGCAUCAUAUGAAAGGAUUUCACGAUUUAUCCGAGAAAUUUUGGGAUAGAGUAAAUGCUCUUCUUGCGAAAGUUUUGAUCGAACGUGCUCAAGGAUCGUCAUUUGUAAAGCAAGCUCUGGAAGGAGAAUAUCCAAAAUUUUUAAGAAUAUUUUUAGACUUGAGUAAACGUUUGAAAGAAAGAUCUCACAGUAUUGGGAUUUAUGGUAUUGACCGCAAUGUUUUAUUACCGUUCGAAAAUGCAUAUUUAUCACGUUCCGUGUCUCGACUUUUGGAUCCAGUUCACAAUAUGUUUUCUGGCGAGGGUUUGCCGACGCAUGACGAGAUUGACAGUCUCAUACGUAUGAUUACAAAUGAGCUCAGCGUAUCACUGGUGGACGAUGGACUCUCUACCGUGGUGUCGCGUAAUGUAGGAAAAGCAAUAAGACUAUUCUGUUUGAAAUGCGAACAGAGUGUGGUGACAGGUGGUGAGGCCAGCCAAGUAAUUGAUUCUCCUACUACUGGUCAACAGACAAAUGUUACGCUCGCGAAUCUUCUUCAUUAUCUUUCCAGCCAGACAAACCGUGUAAUAGCUAAUCUGGCAGGAGGUUUAUCCUCCGAAGGCGGCGUUGUCAUUACCACGGCGCUCAAGGAAACAGAUGAAUUAACGAAGAAUUUACUCGCGCCGUUGUUAACUUCUAUUAGUGAUGCGAUCGAAAGUAUUAUUUUAACGAUGCAUGAUGAUCCCGAAUUUAAAGACACAAGUAGCCCUCUAGGAAAAGAAAUUGGUUGUUCUCUUUAUAUGCGUGAAUUGCAAGGCUUCAUCCUACGAUCUGUAAAUACAUUCUUACUAUCGUAUAAAAAUCAAGUGGUUGUAGCUGAAAGUUGUAAAGCAGUCGCGUCGAGAUGUAUAGAAUUAUUUGUGCGUCAUGCUUGCUUGUUGAGACCUUUGACUGAUUUUGGAAAAGCAAAACUUCUGGUAGAUUUCGCUCAGAUGGAAAUAGCUGUGACGCCAUUGUGUCGUGGCGGCCAGAUGGGUUUACUUGAGCAACAGCAAUACAGAAUACUGCGAGCGUUCAAAACUUUACUUCCCCUCAAUCCCGAACAGAUGGUGGAAAAAAUUCUCGAAGGACAAGGAGAAAGUAGCGUAUCACCGUCUCUUAUUCUCCUGCAUUUAUUUUCCGGCGCGCCUCCCGAAUUAGCAUCACCACAUCAGAGCGCUGGAUGGUCUGUAGGUCGAUUAUCUCAGUGGAUGGAUAGCCAUCCGAGUGAAAGAGACAGAUUAGCGCUAUGCAGUGGACCAUUGGAACGUUACCAGUUAACAAUCCGUCAACAAAAUCUGCCAUCAUUUCACCCUCUCUUUCCACAA